UCUACUUUGUACUAAGCAAACGUCGCUUCCAAUGUCUAUUUGCGAAUUCACUUAAAAGACGAAUGAGUCAAGAAAAAAUAAUUCUAAACAGAAAGUUUUGUUUUUAUGGAAGCAAACAUCGCAAACUAUGAGUAAUUUCUAGAAGUAUUUUCUAACAACCCGGCCUUGAAAAACGCUACGAUAGAACAGCGUCAUAUAUAAGGCGCUGAACGUGCUUCCAUCUUCACCUAAUUCAACUCUCUUGCCAUAUUUUUAGCGUGAGAUUCAUAAUAUUUCCAAACUUAUUAUUCAAUGGAUGAUACACCUUUGUUGAACGUCGCCGAAACACCGGAUCCGGAAAUCGUCGCCGGUGACGGUGACUAUGCGCCGGUAAAAACUAUGAAGGAUGGAACGACGGUGUUUAGGUUAGAAACAGUGAAACUAUGGAAAAUAGCAUCUCCAUUAGUGUUCCAAAUACUUUGUCAAUUUGGCACUAAUUCACUCACAAGUAUUUUUGUUGGUCAUCUUGGUGAACUCCAACUCUCUGCUGUUUCUAUUUCUCUCUCCGUUAUCGGUACCUUCUCCUUUGGUUUCAUGCUUGGUAUGGGAAGUGCACUUGAGACAUUGUGUGGUCAAGCCUUUGGUGCCGGGCAAAUUCAUAUGCUUGGAAUUUACUUGCAACGUUCUUGGAUUAUCCUCUUAUUCAGCUGCCUUGUUGUGUUGCCGAUUUACAUCUUUUCUGCACCACUACUAAAGCUUCUAGGACAGGACCAUGAUAUAGCCAAUCUAGCAGGACAGUUCACCAUCCUUACCAUACCACAAUUAUUCUCAUUGGCUAUCAAUUUUCCUUCUCAGAAGUUCCUGCAAGCCCAAAGCAAAGUUGAUGCACUUGCGUGGAUCGGAUUUUUCUCUCUAGUUGAACACGCGGUGCUUCUCUGGUUUUUCAUUUCGGUGCUAGGGUGGGGUGUGCUAGGGGCCGCAGCAGCUUUUAACUUCACAAGCUGGUUGAUUCCCAUAGCUCAAGUAGUUUAUAUAUUUGGUUGGUGUAAAGAUUCUUGGUUAGGUUUCUCAUGGGCAGCUUUCAAUGAUAUAUGGGCUUUUGUUAGACUUUCCGUUGCCUCAGCUGUGAUGCUUUGCCUUGAAGUCUGGUAUAUGAUGAGCAUAACACUCCUUGCCGGUCACCUUUCAAAUGCUGUGAUUGCUGUUGGAUCCCUCUCUAUUUGCAUGAAUGUUAAUGGAAUAGAAGCUAUGAUAUUCAUUGGAGUAAAUGCUGCUAUAAGUGUUCGUGUAUCAAAUGAGCUGGGAUUGUUGCAUCCAAGGGCAGCCAAAUAUAGCGUCUAUGUUGCAGUUUUCGAGUCUCUCCUCAUUGGGCUUUUGUGUAUGGUCAUCAUCCUAGUUGCCAGAGACUAUAUUGGUGUUAUCUACACUGAUAGUACAACACUUCAACGAGCAGUGGCUAAAUUGGCUUGGCUUCUUGGUGUGACAAUGGUUCUUAACAGUGUUCAGCCUGUGAUCUCAGGAGUUGCUGUUGGUGGGGGGUGGCAAGCAAUUGUAGCAUAUAUCAACUUGGCCUGCUAUUAUGUAUUUGGGCUCCCUCUCGGAUACAUUCUUGGCUAUGUAGCAGAUUUUGGAGUCACGGGCAUUUGGGUGGGCAUGAUAGCUGGAACUUCCUUACAGACAUUAAUUCUACUGUUCAUUCUUUACCGAACUAAUUGGACCAAAGAGGUGGAGGAAACUAGCAACCGAAUGAGGAAGUGGGGUGGCCAGGACAUCAAGGUACUUAAGGCUGAGAACAAUCUAUGAGUCGCUGCUAUUGCUGCUUUUUAAUCGGAACUUCCUCGUCCGUGUGUAGUUCACAAGCAAUGCAAGUCACUCUGCUGGUGAAACUACAGUUUUCACGAUAAUACUACCUAUUGAAAUGAAAAGCUUUAGUCCAUUUCUCAAUGAUGUCCUCAUAAGUGUGCUGAGAUUGGAGGGUUGCCCAUGAACCAAAGGAUGUUGGUUCUUCUGGUAGACACAUAAUAUCUGAAAAUAUUCGUUCUUUCAGCUGUUAACUGUGCUUUUAUAAGCUGCAAUUCUUUUAGUUCUUAGAACAUGUAUCAUUCUUUGACAUUGCAAAUCUUAUUGCAACAUAAAUGGAAUCAAU